AUGGCGCCCUCGUGGAGUUCGACAGCGACGUCAUCGUCGUCGUCAGCAACAGCUGCAGGUGUCGACAGCAGCGACAGUGGGAGGAUGAGAACGACGAGCACUUUGACUAUCACUCAGGCUCGUCACUCAGACGCUGGGAAUUACACUUGCGCCGCGAGGAACGCGAAAUCCAGCUCCGUCACCGUCUUCGUGUCCGAACAAGGAGACACGCAAGCGUCGAUGGAGCGACGAAGCAACUCUGGAAACAUGCUUCGAGCUUCACUCCUCUGGUGCAUUGGAUCGAUAAAGAUCAUCAACCUGCUGAUCUCCCGUAUUGUUCCGAGAUGAGCACAAUGGCCAGUUUCAAGCACUUCGCGUGUGGCUCUUUUUUCUAUGCAAAUUUUUGUCACCGGACACUGGAUCGCGACGAUGAACAAAGACGUCGCUGUUGAGAACCGAAGUGGAAACAAGAAGCAAGGCUGGGAACAAAGCCGUUCCGCGCUGAACGAUCGAAGUUCUUGCACUGCUUUCGAACAAAAAAAUUCAAACUUGGAUGUAAUGGGUUUUUAGUUAAGGAAGAAGGUUUCAAAAUUGUUACGCUUUAAUGUACUCUCCUGAAUAACUCAUAAUGCAUUUGCAAUACGAUAAAGAUUAAUUGAAUGUCUAUUAUUCGAUCAAUACAUAUGAUCAUUCAAGAGUUUAGAAGUGUGCGUUUGGUUUGUAAAUAAUAACAUCAGAUGGAAUCGAUUCAAAAAUUGCUCACUAAAAGUGCAACGGAAGAAAUUCUGAUAUGAGAAAAUUCCUUUUCACUUAUGUAGUGGAAUAAAGCUGUAAUCCGUCUAUAUUUCAAUUUUAGAAUAUUUCAACUGCUAUAGAUGAAUUCGAUCAAAGGUCCAGCAGAACAUCGUUCGACUUCGCUGAUGUAACAAACGCAGAAGUUUCUAUUAAAUAAUGAUGCAUUACACUGAAAAGAAACUGUGUAAAAUUCUGAAUUUUAAAAUUGCGCUGUGAAAUUGUUGCUGUUUGUGUGGCUCGAGAUUUUGGUAGUCGGAAGAAUUGGGGUCGUGUGCUGGGGGUUUUUCUUUCUUCUCAGCGAAAAAAUUCUUGCUGCAAAAGUGUGUUGAUGCUGGGUGUUAUUGAAAUUGUAUCGGAAGAAAUUCGGAUGGGGUGCUUUUUUAACCCAAGAAACGAUUUUGGUGCAUGAUGGAAGUGAAUUAAAGAUUGUUUUUUGAAAA